AUGGAGGAGCACCCCCUCCUCCAAACCUUAAUCCCCACCACCACCGCUACUAUUGCCGCCGGUUCCUCCAUCCCGGAAACCGCUAAUGUCACGGCAUCAAUCUCACAAAUCAUAUACCGUAUAGCUUUGGUCAUCUUCAUUGCAAUUGUCUCUAUAUGGGCCAAUUAUGAAGCCUCCAAAGGGUUUGCAGUAACCAUAAUAAACGACGCCGGUGAUACUCCGGUGGGUCAUCGAUUCUCACUCUUGUUCGUCUCCAACGACAAGGCAACCCGAAUAGUUCUAAAAACAAGCCAAUUUGCUGAAAAUAUUCUAUACCCGGACGCCGGCAAUCCUAAGAAGCGAGUUGACCGUGUCACCAUUCGGUUCACAGGCCAGAAUCUGACACACGCGGUGGUAGUCAACACAAGUAACAGGCAUGAGUUUGUUCUUCACAUUAGCCCAUGUGUGAUGUUGGAGACUAAUGUAGAGAACGCUAUGGUCUCAGCAGUGCAAAGAGGGAUGGCUCGUGUAUGGCUUUGGGAUGGGGAGAUGAGGGCACCAACGUCCCUUUUGGAUGGCCUAGUGGAGUAUGUCAGUGUUUCUGCGGCGGCGACGGCGGCGGCGGCAGUGGUCACUGCAUCAUCGGAGUCUGGCAAUAUACGGUGGUCACCAGAAAAUUCUGGCGGUCAAAAUUGCUGGGAUGAUAGGGACAGUAUGGCUGUGGCACAGUUCUUGAGUUAUUGUGAAGGACAUAGGCAUGGGUUCAUUGGCCGGUUGAACCAAGCCUUGAGGGAAGGCUGGCACGUGCGGAUGGUAGAUGAUGCAUUGGGUCUGCCAGCUCAGCAGCUGUGCUCGUCUUAUCGACAAUAUGGAUUCCAGACAAAAUGGGACCCACUUCGGCCUCAGGGUUAA